CACCGCAGACAAAAUGCCGCCGAAGAAGAACAAGCAGAAGCAGAAAGCCAACUCAGCUUCGUCGUCGAAAGCAAAGUCACAGUCCUCCUCAUCCGGCCCGAGGCUGCAGAUUUCGGCCGAGAACGAGAAUCGCCUCCGCCGUCUCUUGCUCAACUCAGGCCGGUCCGCGCCAUCUCUUCCUGCGACGGACGAUGCUCUUACCAAGGCUCAAAAGGCGAAGAAGCUUAAAGCUCUUUACGAAAAGCUCUCCUGUGAAGGUUUCAGUAAUGAUCAGAUUGAGCUUGCUCUUUCCACUCUUAAGGAGGGUGCUACAUUCGAGUCCGCGCUUGAUUGGCUAUGCUUGAAUUUGCCCGGGAAUGAGCUUCCAUUGAAGUUUUCUUCUGGAACCUCGCUGCAUUCUAAUGAAGGAGGUUCUGUUGGCGUUAUAUUAAAUCAACGGGAUGAUGGGAUUCCUUCGGUGGAUGAAUCUAUUACAACUAAGGAAGAAAGUCCAGAAUUUUCUGUCAUAGUCAAGAAACAGUGGGAUGAUGAUACUUUAGAUUCUCGCCAGCCAUCUCAAGCGGAUUGGAUCAGGCAAUAUGUAGAGCAACAGGAAGAGGACGAACAUAACACUUGGGAAGAUGACAUUCUUGAGGAGAGAACUGCCAAGAAGGAGGCCUGUGAGCCUCGAUCUUAUGAUGUUAUUGCCAAAGAGUACCUUUCUGCAAGGUUGGAAGCCACAAAAGCCAAGGAAAAUAGGGAUAAGAAAAGUCAGGAGCUGGCAGGCAAUAUUAUCCGGAAACUGAAACAAGAAUUGGCUGCUUUAGGGUUAUCAGAUGAAGCUUUAGCUGCACAGCAUGAGCUGGAAAUAGCUUUUAGAUCCACAUCUGAGGAAAGAUCUUCAGGUCCUGGGCCUGCUGAUUGCACUAAAGAAGAAACUCCAUGUGAACCAGAAGGUUAUCCAACUGUUAUUUUGUCAUCUGAUGAGAUAAUAGCUGACAAAAGUGAUGCAAAGCAACAUAAUGUGAAGGAAAAUCCUUCUAAUUCUGAUAUUUCGGGUGCACAAGUUGUUAGAAAGGAUUCUGCUGAAGAAGAAGCAGAUGAUGUUGAACUAGGUGGUUUCUUUUUGGAGGAUGCCCCAUCUAAUGAAAUGUUGCCUUCUGAUAUUUUGGAAAUACAGAAAAAAGAAAAAAUUAAAAAAUUAUGCGAGAAGAAGAAUUUGGAGAAGUUAGAUGGCAUUUGGAAAAUGGGGGACCCUCCCAAAAUUCCCAAAGCUGUUCUUCAUCAACUAUGUCAGAAAUCAGGGUGGGAAGCUCCAAAAUUCAAUAAAGUUCCUGGCAGAGGAAAGAAUUUCUCCUAUGCUAUUAGCAUAUUGCGCAAAGCGAGUGGGAGGGGGAAGAACCGAAAAGCUGGGGGGCUGGUCACACUUCAGCUUCCCGAUGGAGAUGAAACUUCUGAAUCUGCCGAGGACGCACAGAAUAAAGUGGCAGCAUAUGCGUUGUUCCAGCUGUUUCCUGAUAUCCCUGUUCACCUCCCAAUUACAGAGCCGUAUGCUUCACUUGUCAUGCAGUGGUUGAAAGGAGACUCAUCAUCAAGGAUUGAAGAAAGGGAGGAAGAUCGUCGGUCUGGUUUCGUUGAUUCACUUUUGAAUGUGGAUGGUUAUAGUGAGACUGCAUCUGUUGAUGAUAUAUAUCAUAAGGGUCCAGAAAAUUUUGAUAUACUUGUCAAAAAUAAAAACACAAUUCCUGCCAGUGUUGAAGCAAAAGCUCAGAGAAAAACCUAUGGUGUGGACAAGCAGAGUUCUGAUUUGAGGCGGGCACAAUAUGAUAAAAUGAGAACCCAGAGAUACCAGGACAUGUUGAAAAGUAGAGGUGCACUUCCUAUUGCUGCGCUAAAGGGUGACAUAAUACAAUUGCUGAAGGAAAAUGAUGUCCUUGUUGUUUGUGGAGAAACGGGCUCUGGAAAGACAACUCAGGUUCCACAAUUUUUAUUGGAUGACAUGAUUGAAUCGGGAUGUGGUGGAUACUGUAAUAUUGUCUGCACACAGCCAAGAAGAAUUGCGGCUAUUUCUGUUGCUGAAAGGGUUUCGGCUGAGAGGUGUGAACCAUCACCAGGUUCACAUGGUUCCUUGGUUGGUUAUCAAGUCCGUCUGGACAGUGCCAGGAAUGAAAAAACAAAGCUUCUGUUUUGUACAACGGGCAUCCUUCUGAGAAGAUUGAUGGGGGAUAACAGCUUGACUGGCAUCACUCAUGUCAUAGUUGACGAAGUGCAUGAGAGGUCUCUGUUGGGUGAUUUUCUUCUUAUUGUUUUAAAAAAUCUGAUUGAGAAGCAGUCCACUGACAGCUCCACAAGACUGAAGGUCAUUCUAAUGUCUGCAACAGUUGAUUCAAGUUUAUUUUCAAAAUACUUCGGUAAUUGCCCCGUAGUCACUGCAGAAGGCAGAACUCAUCCUGUGACAACUUCCUUUCUUGAAGAUAUAUAUGAUCAGAUCAAUUAUCGGCUUGCUUCUGAUUCUCCAGCUUCUUUAGCAUAUGAAGCCUAUCCCAAAGAGAAGUUCCAGAGAGGUCCUGUGACAAAUAGCAGGGGGAAGAAGAAUUUAGUCUUAUCUGCAUGGGGUGAUGAUUCUCUGCUUUCUGAACAACAAAUUAAUCCGUGUUUUAUUUCAUCUAAUUAUGAAUCAUACAGUGAACAAACCCAACAGAAUUUGAAAAGAUUGAACGAAGAUGUCAUUGAUUAUGACCUUCUUGAAGAUCUGAUAUGCUACAUUGAUGAAACUUGUGAUGAGGGUGCCAUACUUGUAUUUUUGCCUGGAGUGUCUGAAAUAAACCUGUUACACGACAAGUUGGCAGCUUCAUACCGGUUUGGGGGGCAGUCCUCUGAUUGGGUUAUUCCUCUACAUUCGCUGGUUUCACCAACUGAACAGAAAAGGGUAUUUUUACGACCUCCAGGAAAUAUACGCAAAGUUGUUAUAGCCACAAAUAUUGCAGAGACUAGCAUAACGAUAGAUGACGUGAUAUAUGUAAUAGAUUGCGGAAAGCAUAAGGAGAAUCGGUACAAUCCGCAGAAGAAAUUGUCAAGCAUGGUUGAAGAUUGGAUAUCUCAAGCAAAUGCAAGGCAACGCCGGGGUAGAGCUGGACGUGUAAGACCUGGAAUUUGCUUUUGUCUGUACACUCGUCACAGAUUCGAAAGGCUUAUGCGUUCUUAUCAGGUACCGGAGAUGCUUCGGAUGCCAUUAGUGGAAUUGUGUUUACAGGUCAAAUUAUUGUCUCUUGGCUAUAUCAAGCCAUGUUUGUCAAAGGCUUUAGAACCUCCUAAGGUUGAAGCAGUAAAUUCAGCUAUAUCUCUGUUGUAUGAGGUUGGCGCUCUUGAAGGAGAUGAAGAGUUGACGCCUCUUGGGCAUCACUUGGCAAAACUUCCCGUUGAUGUAUUAAUUGGAAAGAUGAUGCUGUAUGGUGCAAUAUUUGGUUGCUUGUCACCAAUUCUUUCAAUUUCAGCAUUUUUAAGCUACAAAUCUCCAUUCAUAUAUCCAAAGGAUGAGAAGCAAAAUGUUGAAAGAGCGAAGUUAAUGUUGUUGAAUGAGAAACUAGAUGGGCCAGGUGACUCAAAUGAUGUUGACCGGCAAUCUGAUCACUUACUAAUGAUGACAGCGUAUAAAAGAUGGGAGAGGAUUUUUACUGAGAAAGGAGUUAAGGCCGCCCAACAAUUCUGCAAUUCAUAUUUUUUGAGCAGCUCUGUGAUGUAUACGAUAAGGGAGAUGAGGAUACAGUUUGGAACUUUGCUGGCAGACAUUGGGCUCAUCAAUCUUCCUAAAAAUUAUAAGAUGGAUGGAAAGAAGAAAGGGAAUCUUGACAACUACCUUUCUGAUGCGUCACAACCAUUUAAUAUAUACGCAAAUCAUUCAUCAGUUGUGAAGGCAAUUCUAUGUGCUGGCUUAUACCCCAAUGUAGCAGCUAGUGAACAAGGCAUUGUUGCAUCUGUUCUGAGCAGCCUUAGGCAGUCUUCUAGCUCAGCAAGCAUCAAUCGCGCAGUCUGGUAUGAUGGAAGAAGAGAAGUUCACAUCCACCCUUCUUCUAUCAACAGCAGCUCAAAAGCAUUCCAGUACCCUUUCCUUGUCUUCCUUGAAAAGGUUGAAACGAACAGAGUAUUUCUGCGAGACACUUCAAUCAUUUCUCCUUACUCUAUUUUGCUCUUUGGGGGCUCAAUUAAUGUUCAGCAUCAGACUGGACUGGUCAUCAUCGAUGGAUGGUUGAGAUUAACUGCUCCUGCCCAAAUAGCUGUCUUGUUUAAGGAGCUACGUUUGACUCUACAUUCCAUUCUGAAAGAGCUCAUUAGAAAACCAGAGAUUGAGAUUGUUCUGAAUAAUGAGAUCAUCAAGUCUAUCAUCAAUCUUCUGUUAGAAGAAGGUGGCGUCCCUAAAUAAUUUUGCAUCACCUGGAGACAUUCUUUCUUCUCCCUGGGAAGUCUGUCCGUCUUCACUUGAGAGGUUAGGUACAUCCUGUAGUUGAAACAGAUCCUCUGAAAUGGCUUAACUAGAGAGAGGAGGCAGGGAGAUGGAUACUCUUAAUGGGGGAAUCCACAAGCCAAAGGGUGAUCAUGCUCUUGGCCCGGAGAUCAGGUGGCUCUGCUGUGUGGGGGGAAUAUUAUCUUCGCCUCUGAUUUACAAUAGCAGUGAUAUAUUUAUGUAAAUUAUAGAAGCUGUUCUUACAUCUAAGUGUAUGGCCAUUGUACUGUUUCUCUUAUUCUUACCGGGAGGGAGAGAAGAAAGCAGCCUGUUUUUUAGUCGCUGCAAAGCUGAAGAUGCGAUGUAUAAAUUAUAAAACAAAUUUAUCUAAUAUAUUAAAAUGGCAAUCGCCCUUUAGCCCUUUUUUUUU